CGCAUACCCCCCAAACCGGCCGCGAGAUAAACAUGUUUUUCACUUGAUAAAAAUAAAAUUAUACAAUUGUGUAAAUCGCGAUAACCCGAAGGCGCACGACUUACUUAACAUAUAACCAUCGUCAAGGGGGGGCUGAUUACACCAUUUACAUCACAAUUGACUUCGAUUAAGUGUGAACAUGGCAAUGCAACGGACCUCGACCCCUUUUCUCACCCUCCUCAAACGCCACUACUCCAAUGUGGCCCCCACAACCAAACUUUUCAUUGAUGGCAAAUUCAUCGACUCCCAAGCCACCGACUGGGUGGAUCUCCACGAUCCCGCCACCAACGAAUUGGUCACAAAGGUGCCCCAAAGCACCAAAAGCGAGAUGGAGGCUGCAGUGGAAUCAUCGAAAAAAGCGUACGAAUCUUGGAAAAAUACUUCAGUAUUAACUCGGCAACAAGUCAUGCUUAAACUUCAACACGUAAUCAGGCGUGAUAUCAAAAAAAUCGCGGCAAACAUCACAACGGAACAGGGGAAGACGCUUGCUGAUGCGGAAGGGGAUGUUAUGAGGGGGUUGCAGGUUGUUGAACACAGUUGCGCCGCUGGAACCCUCCUCCAAGGGGAAUCACUGCAAAACAUAUCGAAGGACAUGGAUAUAGUGUCGUAUAAAGUGCCAAUAGGGGUCACUGCAGGAAUUGCUCCUUUUAAUUUUCCUGCUAUGAUCCCGUUGUGGAUGUUCCCGUUAGCCCUAAUCGCGGGUAACACCAUGAUUAUCAAACCUUCGGAACGGGACCCAGGGGCAACCAUGCUCCUAAUGGAACUUCUAAACGAAGUUGGGUGUCCCCCAGGAGUCGUGAAUGUCAUCCAUGGCACCCACGAUGCUGUUAACUUUAUCUGCGACAAUAAAGACAUCCGAGCUAUAAGUUUCGUAGGUUCGGACACAGCCGGGAAAUAUAUUUACGCCCGUGGGGGCGCUAACGGCAAACGGGUGCAGUCAAACAUGGGGGCUAAAAACCACGCUGUUGUUCUUCCAGACGCUGACAAAAACGCGACAAUUGAUCAGUUAAUCGGGGCCGGUUUUGGGGCUGCAGGUCAAAGGUGUAUGGCUCUAAGUGUCGCGAUCCUAGUCGGGGAAACCCGCGAUUGGAUUCCGGAAAUCGUCGAAAGGGCCAAGAAACUCAAAGUGACGGCGGGACAUGAGCCCGGGGCCGAUUUAGGGCCGGUAAUUUCGCCCAAAGCCAAACAAAGAAUCUUGAAUUUGAUUGAAUCCGGGAUUAAGCAAGGGGCGAAAUGUCCACUUGAUGGCAGGGGGAUCGUCGUGGAGAAAUACCCCAAAGGGAAUUUCGUGGGGCCUACACUUUUGACUCAUGUCCAACCGUCGUUUGAGUGUUACAAAGAGGAGAUUUUUGGGCCGGUUUUGAGUAUCAUGUUUGCUGAUACUCUCGAUGAGGCUAUUAAAAUUAUUAACUCGAAUCCGUAUGGUAAUGGGACUGCGAUUUUCACGAGUAAUGGUAGUCAUGCAAGACAGUUUGUUAAUGAGAUUGAUGUUGGUCAAGUCGGGGUUAAUGUGCCCAUUCCCGUGCCUUUGCCCAUGUUCAGUUUCACGGGUUCCAGGGGCAGUUUCCACGGCGAUUUGCAUUUCUACGGGAAGCAGGGCUUGAACUUCUACACCGAAACCAAGACAAUAACUUCGUUGUGGCGGAAAGGACAAGCUGCCUCAAGCAAAUCUGUCUCAAUGCCUGUUCAUAAUUAAUUUCGUGUUGUUGGUGUUAUUGUUAAUAAAAAAUGAAUGAGAGUUA